AACAAAAAUUAGGGCUUGAAUUGUUGUGAAAGGAGAAGAGAAUGAGUAAUGGGAAGAGAGAAUCGGGUGCAGUGGCACUGCCAGUGUUGACAAGAUUGAAGCUGUUUGUGUCGGAGCUGAUUACAUAUCUGACGACCCGCUCCGACGGCAGCCUGAACCGCCGCCUCUUCAACCUCCUCGACUUGAAAGCCUCAGCACCAUCCACCAAGCUCAUCAACGCCAUUCACGUCACCACUUCCGACAUCACAGUGGACCCCUCCCGCAAUCUCUGGUUCCGCCUCUUCACCCCGGCCACCUCCACCUCCGCUCCCGUCCCCUUGAUCGUCUACUUCCACGGCGGCGGAUUCACCAAAUACGCCCCCGACUCCAAGGUCUUCGACCACCUCUGCAGCCACCUAGCCGCCCACGUCCCCGCAGUCGUCGCCUCCGUCAACUACCGCCUCGCCCCCGACCACAAGCACCCCAGCCAGUACGAGGACGGCUUCGACGUCCUCAGAUUCAUCGACGCCCGCCCCCACCUCGUCAAUGCCGACAUUGGGAGGUGCUUUGUUGGAGGGGACAGUGCGGGUGGGAACAUAGCUCAUCAUGUCACGGUUAGAGCGGUUGAGGAAGUGGAGCAGUUUGGUAUGCUGAGGAUCGUUGGAUUGCUUGGGCUGCAGCCCUUUUUCGGAGGCGAGGAACGCACCGACUCAGAGGUGAGGCUGACCAAGGUGCCGGGGCGGAUGGAUAGAUACUGGAGGGACUUUCUGCCGGAGGGGGCGGAUAGAGACCACCCUGCGGCUAAUGUGUGUGGCACUGGCAGAGAUGUGACCCACCUCCGGUUUCCGCCUUGUUUGGUGGUUGUUGGAGGGCGUGAUCCGCUGCAGGAUUGGCAGAGACGCUAUGUUGAGUGGCUGAGGACUUGUGGGAAACCAGUUUUUGUGGUUCACUAUCCAAAUGCAUUCCAUGCUUUCUAUGCAUUUCCCGAGCUGCCCGACUUUCAUCUCUUGCUUCAGGAUGUUGCAAGCUUUGUCCGGGAACAACUCAACUCCUAUUGAAUUUCAUUAUUGUUCUUGCAUCAUUCAUGUAAACCCAAUUACAGCCUUGUAACAAGUUUGUGUUUUUGGUGAUGUUUACAUUUUCUUGUGAUCAAGGUGUAUCAUGUAUCUAGAAGGGCUUGUACUCUCGAGGAUAUAUAUAUCAGAAUCAGAUUGUGGCAUGCAA